AAAAAGAGGAUUUUAGCCAAUUUCAGGUCAACAAAGUUUCAAAACGUUUAAUUGACAAUCAAAAAAGUUUUCCAUAAAUUUGAUAGUGGAUUGAUCGUCAAUUAGUCGUGGCCGCCCCAAUGACAAGGGAAUAAGUUAAACAGCCUUAUCUACAACUACAACAUAAGAGAUCACAGACUUCCAGAUAAUAUUGCAGCAUUUAUCUUAUAACACCUCACUUCCAAUAGCCAAGCCAUGAUAAUAGGAAGUGUAACACACUAUCUGCGGUUAAGAGAUUUGUCUCUUAGAAAUAUAGAACAGAGGAUGCUUCCUUCAUGACAUCACCAUACUGUAACUGCAAGAUGAGUAAGAUAGUCCCUUGCAUACAGUGUGAUUAUCCUGCUGCUAAACUUGCUGCCCUCAUUCUCUCUUUGUGUAGGCCUGCAUAUGACAUGAAUGACAAACAGGAUAGGCCUUAUGUGUGCGAGGCCCCUGGCUGCUCUCAGCGCUUCCAGUUUGAGGAGCAUCUCAUCAUCCAUCGACAAAAACAUGCGAUGACCCUCAGGUUCUCUUCUUCCAAAUCGGAUCAGACUUUUACCGAUGAUACGCCGACUCCCACCCGGUUCUUGCAGAACUGUGAAGAAGUUGGUCUCUUCCAGGAGAUAGAGGAGGAGUUUCUCCAGGAGCAAGAAAAAGAAAAAGAGGAGCGCAAACAGACGGUUUCCCGUAAUGGGCCUUCUUGUAUGAAUCAGCACCAACUCAAAGCCCAACUCCAGCAGCCACCGCUGCACCAUCCCCACACCCAUUCCCUGCUGCAUCCCCAGUCCCAUGCACCCCCCAGUUGCAGCCUGGCAACCCAGCGAUCCAUCUCCUCCACCCAGUCUGGAUCUGCCGACAGCCGGGCCCCAUCCACACUCACCCACUCGGGGCCUGUUCCUGGACUCCCCUCCUCCCUCCUCCAAAUACGCAACAGACAGCGUCAACCGCUGCCAGCCUCGCUGCCUGGCACACUGCCCGACCCCGCCAUGCAAGGGGCAUCUGCUCAGCACAUGUCCAUGGAGAAGCAGAUGUCUUGUAUAAUGGGUAUACCAGGCCCCAUAAACAACCCGUCCUGUUCUUCGCCUCAGAGGUCCAAACAAAUGAUGGGCCAACACUACCAACACCAGCAUCCAGUCAUGCCACCUGUAAACAAUCCAACAAGUUCAUUGAUGGAGAUCAUGUCACAGCGCCACCAGGCACCUCCACUCCAACACCCCCAUCACCAUCACAAUCAUCAUCAUCAUCAUCAUCACCCUCAGCUCACCGCUCCACCCCUUGGCUACCAACAGCGAUGUCAUCCCUCCCAUCCGCAGCACCUUGGCAGCCACCCCCACCCGUCCAGGAACGCACCAGCUCACCAAUCGCCCCCCGCUCACCUCCCCCGAAGUUCCCCUCCUGCCCCCCCAUUGACUGUACCUGCACAGAUAUCGCCGCAAAUGCACGCCUGUCAAUCGCCGCAUUCCCAGCACGCAUUGCAGGUGAGUGGAAACUGCGGCCGGCGGAGGAGGACGGCCGAGCAGGACCCUGACGAGCGCCGGCAGAAGUUUUUGGAGCGCAACCGGGCAGCCGCCACCCGCUGUAGACAGAAGAGAAAAUUGUGGGUGUCGUCUCUGGAGAAGAAAGCAGAAGAGCUCACGCACACGAACCUUCAGCUACAGAAUGAGGUGACGUCAUUGAGGUCGGAGGUUGGUCAGCUGAAGCAAAUUCUGCUCACACAUAAGGACUGUCCUGUCACAGCCCGACAGAGAGAAGCGCAGGGGUACAAUACUGCAGGGGUGAGCCCGGGUGGAAGCCCCACCCCUGUAGACUCCGGGUGUCAUCGGCAGGCCAUCCAGCACAACAGCGUGACCACGUCCUCGCUGAGGCAGCACGACCCCAAGCCUGGACGCUAGAGAUCGGACUGGACUAUAUUUUCAGUGUUAACAUGGUGAAAUUUUAUUUUCAUAAAGUUUGUCAAAGCUUUUAAAACGGCUGCAGCAUCGGGUUUGUUAGCCGCUAACUAGGGAUGCUCAUUUCAUUUGGCCUUGCUCCUGUUUCUUGCACUAAUUUUGAAAUAUAAAUCUUUUAAGCUCCUAUUUUUAACAGAGCAUAUAUGCAAAUGUGCACCUUUUGCCUUGUUCUCAAAGCAAGGGCAGCUUCUAAAAAAAUGAUGUGACUAUAUUUUUCUACAAUUAAUAGUGAUAACACUUUUUUAGAUAUAAGUGUCAUUGCAUCACAAAUUUAACUCAAUAUAUUAAUGUUGGAAAGCCAUUAAAUGAUGCAAUAUUUCCUUCCAGGCACUUUUUUGUAAAAUGGCUUUCUCUAAAGUUGCGCUUCUUGAUGGAAUUUCUGAUAGCAUAAUUUAAUUUGCACUUGAGUUUCUCUUUUUGUACUGUAAAGAUGUUGACUGUACAUCUUUAAUAUCGAUUAAAAAAUUGCUUAUUGUUGAAAAAAAGUUGAUUUUGUUCUGGGGAAGUCUAGGGCGCCAUCUAGUGACUGUUUAUAUAUAAUUUGCUUUUUGUGAAGGGGUCUACAAUUGUAAGUAGUGUGAUAUGCAGACAUCUUAAUUUGAUUAAAUCUCUUGAUCUGCACUAUUACAUCAAUCAUAUUAACACAUCCAUAACAGCAACAACAAAAAUAAUGCAACCAAAAAGCAAUGUGCAUGUGCUUCACAAACCAGGCUUUAUUACAACAUUAAAAUAGAACUAUCUUCAC